UUAAAUAAAUAUAGUAUGGAUAGUCUUACCUCGUGGGCUGCGUCCUUGUUUUGCCAUUGUCGACCGCCUUGCGCUUGCGGGCCAUUGCUUCUAGGUGCCAAUCUGGACAACAACAACAGAGGUACUAUAUGCGCCGCUACAGCUGAACUGCAACCUGAGCGUUAUUUGAACAAGCUGAAGGUCUGCUAGGCAAGAAAAAAGUUGUAGUUAAAAUGGUUAAAUCGACUCAAAUAGCCAGGCUUGAUGGCCUCAUGCUGGCUGCGUCAGUAGAUGAUGAACAGGCAGAAGUGGAGCUCUCCGAAAUCAAGACACAAGCCAAAAUGAUUUUCCGCCGGUUGAGUCGCAAUUCCGCACCGCAAGCUAGCAUUGAGUCUGGCCAAUAUAACUUACACUAUCUUAUCCAAGAUGAUAUCUGCUUCCUCUGUAUAUGCGACCGCUCCUACCCGCGCAAGCUUGCCUUCACCUACCUCGCAGAUCUCGCAACCGAGUUUACUACCACUUACUCCUCUGCGCAGUACCAGUCUCCCACCCUGCGGCCAUAUGCUUUUGUAGAAUUUGAUACAUUUAUCCAACGCACCAAGAAGUUGUACCAAGAUAGUCGCGCUUCGCAAAACCUUGACCGACUAAAUGAUGAGCUUCGGGAUGUAACGAAAGUGAUGACAAAGAACAUCGAGGACCUCCUAUACCGAGGUGAUAGCUUAGAACGGAUGGGCGAGUUGUCGGGGCGUCUGCGAGAGGACAGCAAGAAAUACAGACGAGCAGCAGUGCGCAUCAAUUGGGAGCUGGUGAUAAAACAGGUAUCCCCCGCGCGUCUUUAAUCGUUCUCACUAGGCCCCCAUACUAACCUGCUCCACAGUAUGGUCCAAUUGCUGGCGUCGGGUUCCUCUUUCUAUUCCUCAUUUGGCUGCGCUUCUUCUAAUUCCUUCCCUAACCGACUGCUUACGGAGGCCCGCUCAUAUGGUGUAUGCAUAGUUAAUCUUGAUGGUUGCCGGACUCCAUCCACCCUGAUAUAUUCAAAAACUGACAAUAUUUUUUAUGACCGACCAGCUUGGUUGCAAGGCGUAAACCUUUCUUUUUCAUGAGAGCCUUACAUAGCAUGUUCAUUAAAGUGUUUCACUGAUCAUGACCCAGUCGUGUGUUAUACGUCAAUUGACCGGGAUGCCGUAAACA